AUGGAGGACUGCUUUCAGCCACAGAAGGUGACUGUGGCCAUGGGAGCUUCGCUCACAGAGCAGGACAUCGAUCUCAGGCCACAAGAGACGAGAAUGCAGGGAAACUUCAACUACAGCAGGUUUUUGGAGUACAAGACCUCAGAGCAAAGAGAGGACGCCAUCAGGAAGGCCUUCAUAAUGCUGGACAAAGAUGGCAGUGGCUACAUAGAGUGGAAUAAAAUCAAGUACCUUCUGUCCACUAUACCAACUACAACCCCAUCAGCUCCGCUUUCUAAUGAGGAAGCAGAGGCCAUGAUCCAGGCUUUAGACACUGAUGGAGAUGGACGCAUUGACUACAGAGAGUUCUCAGCCAUAAUGAAGAUGGAGAAGACGGAGAGGAAGUAG